AUGAACGCGGCCGGGAGUAACCUGCAGACGCCGCGUCGUCUGGGCGCUCCGCGUCCGUCGCUCGUCGGCGGCAUAAACACAGCGAGCUCGCCAAACCUUUCCGCGGCCGCUGCGGUUGCGAGGAAAGCCUCCUUACAAGCUUUAACCGGAGGUUCUGCAUCCGCCAAGAUGGGAGGCGGAGACGGUCACGACAUUCAAAUCGGCGACACCGUCGACGUGCCCGGCGGCAUGCACGGCACCGCCAAAUUCAUAGGCCCCAUUGCUGGCAAGAACGGCGUUUUUUUGGGCGUCGAGCUUGCCAAACAAUACGCUCACAAGGGCAAGAAUGACGGCGACGUCGACGGUGUACGCUAUUUUGCUACUUCUGUGCCCAACUCCGGUAUUUUUCUGCCUCUACACAGAGCAACCAAGCGCGAAUCGAUAUACGACGAAUUUCCGCCGACACCCACCACACCGUCUUACAGUUCCUUCGACCUCGCAUCGCCAAAUGGAAUGCCCAAGUUCUCUCAGUCAGUGGGCCCAGGGGCACGGCCACCUAGUCCCUCCUUCAAACCGAAGCAGGGACGACCGUCUCUGCCACGUCCGGAAUCUCCUUUGCGAAAGGUGCCAACAUUGGCACCGACUCCAGGCAAAUUGCCGUCUCUGUCAAAGAGCCAGAUAGGGACGCCACGACCUGCCGCGAGUCCAGCGCCAGGACGUAGCGUACCGAAGUCACGAACGCCAGGACCUUACUCGAGAAAUAAUUCGCGCCUAGGCGUGCGAGGCGACGAAAGUACGGAGACGACCCCCACGCCCGCUGUUCCCCCAACGCGGAGUAGCGAUGGCUCCGCAGCAGGAUCGGGCGCGAGCGUGAAUUCGACCUUCACUCCCCUCACCAGACGGUCUACGGAUAAUGCUGAAGACGAGAUCAAGAGGCUGAAGAAGCAGCUGCAGGAAAGGGACAAGCAGCUAAAGGAGCAAGCAGCCAGCCUAGCUGAAAUGGAAGCCAGCUUGGCCGAACUCGAGAACCUGAAAGGACUCGACGAUCUUGGUGGCCAUGCUCGCAACAAUAGUGGCGCUAGUGGUUUAAAGGAUGCAGACGCUGCUCAGCUCCGAGCUAUCAUCAGGGAGAAGAACGAAAGAAUCGCCAUGCUGACUGCGGAAUUUGACGCCCACCGAGCGGACUUCCGUAGCACGAUCGAUACCCUGGAGAUGGCCAGCACCGAAACGGAGCGUGUGUACGAAAAGAAGGUGGAGGAGCUGCUGGCGGAAAUCCGCGAACUGCAGGCGAAUCAAGAAGAAGUCUCUAGCAUGACCCAGCAGAUCAAGCAGGUCGAAGAAAUUGUAGCUGAGCUCGAAGAGGGCGUCGAAGAUGCGCGUCGGAGCGAAGCCGAAGCUCGAGCUGAAGUCGAGUUCCUUAGGGGAGAAAUUGAGAGGACUCGUGCCGAACUGAAGCAGGAGCGCGAAAAGGCUGCAGAAGCUUUGAAGAGCGCCGAGGCUGCGGUAGGCUUGGGAAGCCAGGAUUCUCGUGACAAGGAACAAAUGCAGGAUGAGAUCCGGGGUCUUCGAGCCAUCAUCCACUCUCUAAGCUCAGGAGGUGGUAGCCCUGCGGUUGAACGCCCAGCUCUGAAUCGUUCCGUAUCAGAGGGUAUGUCACUUGAAGAACAGACCAUGAUGAAGGCUACCAUUGAACGUCUUGAACGGGAAAAGAAAGAGCUACAAGGCCUCAUUGAGAGAAAGAAUUUUCAUGAGGAAGAACUCGAGCGGGAGGUGGAAAGAUUGAAGGGAAUCGAGCAACGCGCUAGCGUCAUCAGCAACGGCCUCUCCGACCGCACUGCCGUCCAAGACAAGAGGUCGUCUGCUCGUGACUCGAAAGGCACCGUUGUGAAUUGGCGAGGGUCAAGCGGACGCAUCGAGGCCAUGGCUCCACAUGCAGAGGCAGACACACAGAGUGUGAGUACGGGUAGCGGUAUUCUCUGGUGCGAGAUCUGCGAGACCAGCGGACACGAUAUCCUCACAUGUACCAGCAUUGACAAGGUUUCAACGAAUGGCGGCAACGAGCAUGACAUGGACGCGUUGUCAAGGCAUAUGCAGAAGGCGUCCAUCUCCUCACUUGACCCGGACAAACCAAAGCCCCUGGCUACGUCCUUGCACAAGAAGCCCUCAAUUGGUAACCUGCCAGCAGCCAGUAGCACUCCUCCAACGGCCCCGCUGCCCAACCCUUACAAGCUGGGCGACAGCGUCGCUGCUGGGAAGGACGGCACAAAAGACCCGAGCAAGUGGUGUGCCCUCUGUGAGAGAGACGGACACGACAGCAUCAACUGCUCAUUCGAAGACCAGUUCGGUUAA